AUGUUUAAAGACAUGAUCGGGAAAACCGUCGAGGUAUACAUUGACGACAUGGUGGUCAAAUCCAAGCAGAAGGUAUCUCAUGUUUUGGACCUAAAACGAGCUUUUGAACGCCUGCGGCAAUAUGGAAUGAAGUUGAACCCCGCCAAAUGUUCUUUCGGUCUCUUAUCCGGAAAGUUUCUUGGGUACAUGAUGACACAGAGAGGAAUUGAAGCCAAUCCAGAGAAAACUAGAGCAGUACUGGAAAUGUCGUCGCCUAGAAAUAAAGCAGGAAGAUUUGGCUGGAACGACGACUGUGAGCAUGCUUUAAAUGAAAUCAAGAGGUAUCUAACCUCACCUCCUAUACUCAUGAGCCCGAAGACGGGGCAAACCAUCUGCAUAUAUCUUGCUGCAAGUGAAUAUGCUGUGAGUGCAGUUUUAUUUGUCCGAGAGCCUGAAGAAAAACCAGUAUACUUUGUUAGCAAAUCACUAACAGAUGCUGAGACCAGGCUGGCCACAUGGGAAACUUACCUUGGCGCAUAUACCAUUGAUUAUGAGCCAAGGACAGCUGAGAAGGGACAUGCGAUAGCAUCGUUAGUGGUGGACUUCCUAGUGGAUGAUAUUGCAGUUUAUGAAUCUGUUCAUGAAGAGGAGGUCUUGCAUGAGACGGAAAAUGUAUUGCCUAUACCGUUACCAUGGGAGCAUAUGAACGUUAGCAAGAAAUCUUCAAAAACAAUUGAUAUGCAAAUAGGUAGUAAGGAAUCGAUAAUGAUACCUGAAAGUGAUAGUGGGAUAUGGAAGAUCUACACUGACGGAUCUGCAAACACUGACGGAGCAGGUAUUGGUCGUGUACUGGUUUCUCCCGAAGGAAUACGGGUUGAAAAUGCUAUCCGGUUGGAAUUUACAGCUUCAAACAAUCAAGAUGUACGAGGCUGUGAGAAUGGUUCCACCUCGUCCGAAGUUCAGCAUGAUCCUAUGGAGAUUGAUGAAGUUAGUAACGAUCAAUCCGAAGAUUGGAGACAGCCUUACGUUCGCUACCUACAAAUGCAAGAGCUUCCACAAGAUAAGAAUCAGGCCGGGAAAAUAACGAUAACUGCUUGGAGAUAUGCUCUUAUUGAAGGAGACCUUUACAAGAAUCCAGUAUCAAUGGAACCAUACCUUCGAUGUGUAACCCAAGAGUUGGGGAAGCAAUUAUUAGCAGAAGCACAUGAAGGGUGCUGCAGGAACCAUUCUGGAGGAAGAAGCCUGGCACACAAGUUGCUAUCUCAAGGAUACUUUUGGCCCUAUAUGAAAAAUGACGCAAAAGAAUAUACAAAAAAAAUGUACGGCAUGUCAUUUGCAUGGUCCUCUAAUAAAGAGACCGGCGAAUGA